CAGCAACAUGCCGCGCGUACAGUUCAUCGCCAUUUCUUUUUCUCGUUCACAAAAGCAGCCUGAUCCUCCAAAAUCAUGUCUGACAACGAAGUUGACGAUACCUCUGCGGAAUUCCCUGCGGGAAAUUUUAUGGACGUGAAUCAAGCUUUACAAGAGGUCUUGAAAAAUGCAUUAAUCCAUGAUGGUGUUGUACAUGGCCUCCAUGAAGCUGCCAAAGCUCUUGACAAGAGACAGGCUAUGCUCUGCAUACUUGCAGAAAAUUGUGACGAACCAAUGUACAAGAAACUUGUCCAAGCUCUUUGCAAUGAACACCAAAUUCCAUUGAUUAAAGUAGACAACAACAAAAAAUUAGGAGAAUGGGCAGGUUUAUGUAAAAUAGACAGCGCUGGUAAAGCAAGGAAAGUAGUUGGCUGCUCUUGCGUCGUAAUAAAGGAUUUCGGCGAUGAGACUCCUGCUAAAGAUAUCUUGAUGGAAUAUUUAAAGCAAAAUUCUGUACACUAAGAUAAUUUUAAUAAAACAACAAAAUUUUAUUUAA